UCACCCUCUACUCUACCCAAAGAUCCACGGCUUUCGCAAUCGUUCUACGGUAUCGACUACACGCCUCAUGGCACCCUAUAUCAAGAACAUUGUGGCGUAAAGUAUCAGGAUGUGUUGGAGGAUAUCAAGAUUUUGAAGCAGCUCACAACCCGGAUCCGCCUUUACGGAAUGGACUGUGACCAAGUGUCGCUUGUACUCAAGGCCAUCCAACAACUCAAGGCAAACAUGGGUGUUGUCCUGACACUGUGGGUCGACGGCAACCCCAACACAUACAAGCGCCAACACGACAGUUUCUGGAAAGUACUUGGAGAGUUUGGUGCAGACCAUAUCAUUGGAGUAUCUGUCGGUAACGAAGCUGUCUUCCGUAAACAAAUCGUCACAAGCGACUUGAUCCAGCUGAUCCAAGAUGUCAAACACCAACUUGCCAAAAGCGGCUACCCCCGUAUUCCCGUAUACACGACCGAGAUUAGGGACCUCCAACAGCUUAUACCCGAAGAAGACGCUGUGAUGGACAAUGUGCAUCCCUUCUUUGCGGGGACGCUGGUCGAGGACGCGGCCAACUGGACCUGGCAAUACUUUUACGACGUGGACCAGUAUCCGACACUCAAGAUGGCACAGCAAUUCGGUCUCGACGGCAACAAGACACAGACCAAGCCUGCCAUCAUCAGUGAAAUCGGUUGGCCUACACACCCGCAAGACCGAAAAGUCCAGGGGGCUGUCCCAUCCAUCGAUAACCAACGGAUCUUGUUAGAGACAUUCAUCUGUGAAGCCAACAGACGCCAACUGCCGUACUUUUGGUUCGAGUUUAAGGAUCAGCCGUGGAAGGCAGCUACGUUUAAUGAGACCCGUGAGUCUUAUUGGGGAUUGUUUGACAAGGACCUCAAGUUGAAACACGCUCGGUUGCCGAAAUGUCAAGUUGACUCG